GGACCGUGCCGCUGCAGGAGUUCUGGGAAGUUGUGGCUGUCGAGAAUGGGGGUCUGUGGGUACCUGUUCCUGCCCUGGAAGUGCCUCGUGGUCGUGUCUCUCAGGCUGCUGUUCCUUGUACCCACAGGAGUGCCGGUGCGCAGCGGAGAUGCCACCUUUCCCAAAGCUAUGGACAACGUGACGGUCCGGCAGGGGGAGAGCGCCACCCUCAGGUGUACCAUAGAUGAUCGGGUCACCAGGGUAGCCUGGCUAAACCGCAGCACAAUCCUCUAUGCUGGGAAUGACAAGUGGUCCAUAGACCCUCGAGUGAUCAUCUUGGUCAACACGCCUACCCAAUACAGUAUCAUGAUCCAGAAUGUGGAUGUAUAUGAUGAAGGUCCAUAUACCUGCUCUGUGCAGACAGACAAUCACCCCAAAACCUCCCGGGUCCAUCUCAUAGUGCAAGUUCCUCCCCAGAUAAUGAACAUCUCCUCAGACAUUACUGUGAAUGAAGGAAGCAGUGUGACCCUGUUAUGUCUUGCAAUUGGCAGACCAGAGCCAACGGUGACAUGGAGGCACCUGUCAGUCAAGGAAGGCCAGGGCUUUGUGAGUGAAGAUGAAUACCUGGAAAUCUCAGACAUCAAACGUGACCAGUCUGGGGAGUACGAGUGUAGCGCCUUGAACGACGUCGCUGCACCUGAUGUUCGGAAAGUAAAAAUCACUGUAAACUACCCUCCCUAUAUAUCUAAAGCCAAGAACACUGGUGUUUCAGUUGGUCAAAAGGGCAUCUUAAGCUGUGAAGCCUCUGCUGUCCCCAUGGCUGAAUUCCAGUGGUUCAAAGAAGAUACCAGGUUAGCCACUGGCCUGGAUGGGGUGAGAAUUGAGAACAAAGGCCGCAUGUCCACUUUGACUUUCUUCAAUGUCUCAGAGAAGGAUUAUGGGAACUAUACGUGUGUGGCCACAAACAAGCUUGGAAACACCAAUGCCAGCAUCACCCUGUAUGAAAUAAGCCCCUCAUCAGCAGUGGCAGGGCCUGGAGCAGUGAUUGAUGGUGUAAACUCGGCCUCUAGAGCACUGGCUUGUCUCUGGCUCUCAGGGACCUUCUUUGCCCACUUCUUCAUCAAGUUUUGAUAAGAAACCAUAGGUCCUCUGAGCAUCGCCUGCUUG